GUCUAAUGAUUAUGGAUCACACAAAGACUUUAGAUAAAAAUGUAAUGCUGGAUGAGGAUUUUAUUAUAGAUUCACCAGCGAAAAGAUGGUUAAAUUGGAUGUGCGAUUUAAAAUUGGAUAAUUGGUCUACUUACAUAACUUUACUUUUCGCGCUUUACGUUAGAUGGACUGUGGGUUUGAAUCCUUAUUCUGGCAAGUUUUUAAGUUAUAACACUCCACCAAUGUACGGUGAUUAUGAAGCGCAAAGGCAUUGGAUGGAACUUACCUUACAUGUUCCAAUUAAUCAAUGGUAUUACUACAAUUUAGAUUGGUGGGGCCUUGAUUAUCCUCCAUUAACUGCAUAU